AACUCUCACAAUACAUAUAUAUAUAUAUAUACACAUAUAUAGAAGCUAUAUAUGUGUAUCAUUUCACUGGAAGAUUGAAGAGGGAGAUCUUAAUCAGAUUACCACAUUAAAGUCUUCACCUUUCAAACUCGUUCUUGUUAAAGGUGAAUCUUGAUACUUUGGACGCCAUAUUACAGUUCUUUUGCCAUAGUGGUCGCGCAAAAUGAUGAUGAGCAAUCUGAAACUGGGUGUGGAUGUGAUCGGAGCUCAUAAUCUUCUCCCGAAAGACGGGUUAGGUUCAUCCAGCGCCUUUGUCGAGCUCUUCUUCGACGGUCAGAAGUUCCGCACGACGAUCAAAGAGAAAGACCUGAACCCUGUCUGGAACGAGAGCUUCUUCUUCAACAUCUCCGACCCGUCUCGUCUUCACUACCUCACUCUCGAAGCUUAUGUCUACAGCCAUAUCAGAUCCACCAACGGCCGUUCCUUCCUCGGCAAGGUAUCUCUCUCCGGAACCUCGUUCGUCCCUCACUCCGACGCCGUUGUUCUUCACUACCCGCUCGAGAAACGCGGUAUCUUUUCCCGUGUGAAAGGCGAGCUCGGCAUGAAGGUUUAUGUCUCAGACGCUGCUUCGUUGAAAUCCUCUGUCCCUUCUCCUUCUGAAAAUCUUGAUCCCCAAGCCAUAACUGCUUCUCAGACAGUUUCAGCAAUGAAGGUAGAACACCGACCCGAGAAGGAAAGGCGCGUCUUUUACCAUCUCCCAAACGAUCAUCACCAUCCACAAUCGUCGUCUUCAGCGGCUGAAGCAGAUCAUCAUCAUCAUCAUAAUGAACAUCAUCACCAUUAUGUGCCGAAACACCAGGCUGAUGAGCUGAGACCUGAACCAGCACCACCCGCGAAGCUUGUCCAUGCGCAUUCUCUUGCGUCGGCUCAGCCCGCGGAUUUCGCGCUCAAAGAAACAAGCCCGAAUCUCGGCGGCGGGAGAGUCAUUGGCGGCCGUGUUGUUCACAAAGACAAGACCAACACAACUACUUAUGAUCUUGUCGAGAGGAUGUAUUUCCUCUACGUGCGCGUCGUCAAGGCUCAUGAGCUUCCGAUUAUGGAUAUCACCGGAAGUAUCGAUCCAUUCGUCGAGGUAAGAGUUGGGAACUACAGAGGAAUAACACGACAUUUCGAGAAGAGACAGAACCCGGAAUGGAACCAAGUUUUCGCCUUUGCGAAGGAGCGAAUGCAAGCAUCGAUACUCGAAGUCGUGGUGAAAGACAAAGACCUCGUGAAAGACGAUUAUGUCGGGUUUGUACGCUUCGACAUCAACGAUAUUCCUCUGCGUGUGCCUCCGGACAGCCCCCUUGCUCCACAGUGGUACAGAUUAGACGACAAGAAAGGCGAGAAGAUCAAAGGCGAGCUAAUGCUUGCUGUCUGGAUCGGGACACAAGCCGAUGAAGCCUUCUCGGAUGCUUGGCAUUCCGAUGCUGCAAUGCCCGUAGAUUGCACUCCCGCUAUCUCAGCAGUUCUUCGGUCAAAGGUCUAUCACGCCCCGAGGUUAUGGUACGUCCGAGUCAACGUGGUCGAGGCACAAGACUUGGUUCCGACUGAGAAAACCAGGUUCCCUGAUGUCUAUGUCAAGGCACAGAUCGGGAACCAGGUCAUGAAGACCAGAACAUGUCAGGCUCGGACACUUAGCGCGUUAUGGAACGAAGACCUUCUGUUUGUCGCGGCCGAACCCUUUGAAGAUCAUCUGGUUCUCACAGUUGAAGACAGAGUCGCUCCAGGAAAAGACGAGAUCCUUGGGAGAUCUAUCAUCCCAUUAACCACAGUAGAGAAACGAGCCGAUGAUCGGAUGAUACAUUCAAGAUGGUAUAAUCUGGAGAAGCCGGUUGUGGUCGAUGUUGACCAGCUAAAGAGAGAAAAAUUCUCGAUGAGGAUCCAUCUUCGGGUUUGUCUCGAAGGAGGGUACCAUGUUUUAGAUGAGUCUACUCACUAUAGCAGCGAUCUCCGCCCGUCUGCAAGGCCGCUAUGGAGACAACCGAUUGGAAUUCUCGAGCUCGGGAUCUUGAACGCUGUUGGUCUCCACCCGAUGAAAACCCGUGAGGGCCGAGGAACAUCCGAUACAUUCUGCGUCGCGAAAUACGGUCAGAAAUGGGUGAGGACGAGGACAAUGGUGGAUAACUUGAGUCCCAAGUAUAACGAGCAGUACACGUGGGAGGUUUUCGAUCCAGCAACGGUUCUAACCCUCGGUGUGUUCGAUAACGGACAGCUUGGGGAGAAAGGAAACAGAGACGUAAAGAUCGGGAAGAUCAGAAUCCGGCUAUCGACAUUGGAGACAGGUCGUAUCUAUACGCAUUCUUACCCGCUUCUCGUUCUUCACCCGGCAGGGGUCAAGAAGAUGGGCGAACUUCACUUAGCGGUUCGAUUCACUUGCGUCUCGUUCGCGAACAUGCUUUACGAGUACUCGAAACCAUUACUUCCGAAAAUGCAUUACAUCAGACCGUUCUCUGUCAUGCAACAAGACAUGCUUCGCCAUCAGGCUGUCCAUAUUGUAGCAGCUCGGCUGGGAAGAGCGGAGCCUCCGCUUCGAAAAGAGGUUAUUGAGUUCAUGUCGGAUACGGAUUCGCAUCUUUGGAGUAUGAGGAAGAGCAAAGCCAACUUCUUUCGGCUGAUGACCGUCUUCUCCGGGUUCCUCGCAGUCGGGAAGUGGUUUUCCGACAUCUGCUCGUGGCGAAACCCGAUCACGACCGUUCUUGUCCACGUCCUGUUCCUGAUGCUUGUCUGUCUACCCGAACUGAUUCUUCCCACGAUGUUCCUAUACAUGUUCCUGAUCGGACUGUGGAACUACCGGUUCAGGCCGAGAUAUCCGCCGCACAUGAACACGAAGAUCUCGCAGGCCGAAGCGGUUAACCCGGAUGAACUGGACGAAGAGUUCGACACGUUUCCGACCACUCGGAGCCCAGAUAUGGUACGGAUGAGGUACGACAGGCUAAGGAGCGUGGCGGGACGGAUUCAGACUGUGAUCGGGGAUUUGGCGACACAAGGGGAGCGUAUUCAGGCGCUGUUGAGCUGGCGUGAUCCACGCGCGACCGCCAUUUUCGUCAUUUUCUGCUUCGUGUCAGCCAUUGUUUUCUUCGUGACGCCGUUUCAAGUGGUCGUGGCUUUGGUCGGAUUCUACGUCAUGAGGCAUCCGAGGUUUCGACACCGGUUACCCUCCGUCCCGGUCAACUUCUUCCGCAGGUUGCCAGCUCGUACGGACAGUAUGCUUUAAAGUCCCUGGUCCUUGGGACUCGGUCGUUCGGACAAAAUUUGAAAGACAUAUAGUAAUAAUACAUGCGUUAUAUUUUGAUUCUAAAUUUUGAGUAUACUUUUUUUUUAAUGUUAUUUCGUACGUUUAUAAUGUCUUUGUGUUUCUUUUGUUUAAAAAUAAAA